GGGAGAUCCCGAGAGAGCGGAGCAGCAGUUCCCCAUGGCCUUACCCCUGCCUCUUCUCACGCUGCUGAUUUUUGGAGGGAUCCUCCCGGUUUUUGGGGGGAUCCCGGUUUUUGGGGGGGUCCCCAGAGGGGGCGGGGCUUGUCCCGGGGGCUGCGACUGUGACCGCGACAGCGCCUGGUGCCGGGGGGGGGGCGGGGGCAUCCCCCGGGGCCUCCCCCCCCGCCUGGCCACGCUCUCCCUGAUCCGCUGGGACAUCGAGGCCCUGCCUGAGGGGAGCUUCCGGCACCUCCCGGCCCUGACCCUGCUCCUGGUGACUUCGGGGCGCCUGGGGAGCAUCGGGGACGGCGCCUUCGCGGGGCUGGGGGCACUGGAGUACCUGUUCAUCGAGGACACUGAGCUUGGUGCCAUCGCUCCCACAGCCCUCAGGGGGCUCCGGGGACUCCUGUUCCUGAGUUUGGCCAACAACCGCCUGGAGUCGCUGCCCCGGGGACUCUUCCAGGAUUUGGGGACUCUGACCCAGCUGGACCUGCGCGGGAACCCGUUCCGCUGCGACUGUCACCUGCGCUGGCUCCUGCGCUGGCUGGGGACACGGCCCACCCCCAGCCCCCCCGAGGGCGGGGGGCGCUGCCGGGAGCCCCCCCUCCACCGGGACACGCCCCUGGCCCUGCUCAGCCCCCGGCAGCUCCAGUGCCAGCGCCACGAGCUGCGGCUGUUCCAGUCUCUCCCGUUCUCAUCGCUCGGGGCUGAGCCCUUCACCCUUGGGGGACACCCGGGGGUGGCCCUGGCCCAGCCAGCGGCCGGAGCCUGCGCCCUGCUGGAGUGGGAUCAGCUCGGGGGACGGUUCCGGGCCCCAACCAUCAUCAACAGCUCCUCCCCGGUGGCUUGCCACCCCCUGGCAGUGGGCGACACCCUGCUGGUGGUGGUGGCCCAGCUCGGUGGCGGCUCCUGGGUUUGGCGGCGCUCGGGAGGCCCUGGCUCGCCCUUCGUGCGCCACCAGUCGCUGGGCUCGGGCCACCUGCGCCGUCCCCACGCUGUGGCGGCCGCACACCUGGGCGGCCACCUCUACCUGGGUGUGGCCGACAGCUCCAAAGGUGGCACCAGCACCGUGUUCCGCUGGGCUUCCGGAGGGUUCUACCCGCACCAGACGCUGCGGCCGUGGCGCCGCGACACCCACCUGGAGUUCCUGGAGUUGGGCGGGCGGGCGGCGCUCGUGGUGUGCAGCACGGCGAGGAGGCCGCUGGUGUACCGGUGGAGCGGCAGCGGCUUUGUGCCCCACACCGACAUCCCCCACGUGCCGGACGUCUACGCGGCCAAGCACUUCCGAGCCGCGGGUGGGGUCUUCCUGUGCCUUACCAGAUUCCUGGGAGAUGCCAAGGUGGUGAUGCGCUGGGAGGGCUCCAUGUUCCGCGAAGUGCAGCAGGUGCCGGCGCGCGGCUCGCUGGUCUUCCAGCCGCUGGUCCUGGCUGGCCACCGCUACGUCCUGCUGGGCAAUGAUUUUGCCCCAAGCCGCGUCUUCCGCCUGGGCGCCACCGGACGCCUGGAGCCUGCACAGGACCUGCCUGCGCCCACGCCACGCGCCUUCGUCCCCGUCACUGCCGGACACCGGCACUUCCUGCUGGCCACCAGCUUCAAGGGCGCCACGCAGAUCUACGCCCACGUCACUGAGGAUGUGGGGACGUGAGGGGACAGCUGUCCACAGUGGCCACCGUGUCACUGUGGACAUCAGGACAUGAGGGGACAUCAUGGGGACAGCAGCCACUGUGUCUCUGAGGAUGUGGGGACAUGAGAGGACAGCAUGGGGACUAUGUGGUGGCAUCUCAAGGGAUGUGGGGAUGGUGGCCACCAUGGCAUCAUGGAAAUGAGGACAUGAUGGGACACCAUGGGGACACGUAGUGGCAGCUGGAGGGAUAUGGGGCCAAUGGUCACCAUGUCAUCGAGGAUGUGGGGAUGUGAGGGGACAGCGGCCACUACAUUACUGUGGACAUCAGGACAUGCAGGGACAGUGUGGGGUCAAUGAUCACUACAGUGUUGGGGAGAUGGGGACAUUGGGGGAGAUCAUGGGGACACGUGGUGGUGGCUGGAGGGACAUGGGGACAAUGGCCACCAUGGCAUCAUGCAGCUGGGGACAUUAGGGGACAUGUGGUGGCUGCUGGAGGGACAUGGGUAUGGUGGUCACCAUGUCACCAUAUAGAUGGGGACAUGAAGGGUCAGCUGGGGACAUGGGGAUGGCAGCUGGAGUGACAUGAGGAUGGCAGCCCCCGAGUCACCAUGGAGAUGGGGACAUAAGGGGACAUGUGGUGGCGGCUGGAGGGAUGUGGGGAUGGCAACCACCACGUCACUGAGGAUGUGGGGAUGUGAGGGGACAGCUGGGGACAGCAGCCACCAUGUCACUGUGGACAUCAGGACAUGAGGGGAUGGCUGGGGACAGUGGCCACUACAUGACCUAGGACAUGGGACAUGAGGGGACAGUGUGGGAAUGCGUGGUGGUGGCUGGAGGGACAUGUGGAUGGUGCCUACAAGAGCAUCAUGGAGAUGGGGACAUGAGGGGACACCAUGAGGACACAUGGUGGCAGCUAGAGAGACGUGGGGACUGUGGUCACUAGGGUGUUGUGGAGAUGGGGACAUCAGGGGACAUGUGGUGGCAUCUCGAGGGAUGUGGGGAUGGUGGCCGCCGUGGCAUCAUGGAGAUGGGGACAUCAGGGGACACUAUGGGGAGACAUGGUGGCGGCUGGAGGCACAUGGGGACAAUGGCCACCAUGUCACUGGGGAUGUGGGGAUGUGAGGGGACAGCUGGGGACAGUGGCCACCAUGUCACUGUGAACAUCAGGACAUGAGGGGACAGCAUGGGGACAAUGGUCACUAUGGUGUUUUGGAAAUGGGGACAUAAGAGGACAUCAUGGAGACACAUGGUGGUGGCUGGAGGGACAUGGGGAUGGUGGCCACCAUGGCAUCAUGGAGCUGGGGUCAUGAUGGGACACCAUGGGGACAGUGGCCACCACAUCACAGUGGACAUCAGGACAUGAGGAGACAGCACGGGGACAUGGGACAUUGGGCACGGCAGAGCUGAGGACGUGAAGGGACAUCAAGGGGAUGUGUGGUGGCAGCUGGAGGGACGUGGGGAUGGUGACCACCAUGUCACCAUGGAGAUGGGGACAUCAGGGGAUACUGUGGGGACAUCAGGGAGCACUGUGGGAACGUCAGGGGAUGCAGUGGGGACACAUCA